AUGGAGUGGAAUAGUGGCAGUCUCAUUCCUACCUUUGUUUCUCCACCGUCGCCCUACAACUAUUACUACAAUUACAAUUUGGAUCAGUUUCCUGUGUUAGAGACGAAGAAGCAGGCGGUGGAAUGUGUGGUUGGAGGAGUGGAUGAGGAGAAGAGGAAGAAGAAGAACAGGUUGAGUGAGGAUCAGUUGGAGAGGUUAGAGAGAUGCUUUCAAGAGGAAGGGAAGCUUGAGCCUGAUACCAAAAUGCAGCUAUCAAAGGAACUUGGGCUCCAACCAAGGCAAAUUGCUGUUUGGUUUCAAAAUAGAAGAGCUCGUUGGAGGACUAAGCAGCUUGAGUAUCUCUAUGAUACCCUCAAACAAGAAUUUGACACCAUUUCUAAGGAAAAACACACCCUUCAACAAGAGGUGUUGAAGCUAAGAAGCAUGCUACGAGAACAAACGAUGAGGAAUCAAGAGCCGAUGGCAUACGAGGAUGUCUCCGGGGAAGCGACGGUGGAAAGCACGUCGGUGGGUAAUUACAUGUACAAUAAUGUGGAAGAUUUCAACCAAAUUUCAGGUUCAGGUCCUCCAUUCUGGUGGGGUGCUGAGGCUGCUCACCGCCCUUCUUAUCCUUAA